GGUAACACCAGACGCCCACCCCGCUUCAGGUAGAUAUGGCAUCAAACUGGAAGUACCCGCAGAGGACACUAUGCAUGAAAUGUGGCUGAAAUGCGAGAAUGAAGAUCAAUACGCAGAAUGGGUGGCUGCCUGCCGUCUAGGGUCCAGAGGCCGAUCCCUAGCUGAUUCGGCCUUUACCACUGAGGCAGCGGCGGUUAAAACUCUCUUAGCGUUACAAAAACCACAACCAGCCGCUGCCUUGAAUCAACACAGCCUGCCUCAUCUUGAUCAUUUACAGCCUGAAAACUACCUGGCACCACGCUUCCUUAAGAAGUUGAAGGGCAAGUUCACUCAACGCGUUCUCGAAAGCCACGCCAAUGUAAAGGACCUACCGUUGUUGGAGGCAAAAUUGCAAUACAUAAAAACAUGGCAGAACCUGCCAGAUUACGGUCAAACGUUGUUUGUAGUCCGUUUUAUGGGACACCGCAAGGACGAGAUCAUCAGUAUCGCUAACAACCGUAUAAUGCGACUUGAUCCCAACACAGGGGACCAUAUAAAGACAUGGCGUUUCAGUACAAUGAAGGCUUGGAAUGUAAACUGGGAAAUAAAACACAUGAUGGUACAAUUCGAAGAAGGCAACAUUAUCUUUUCCGUACAAUCAGCCGAUUGUAAAGUCGUUCACGAGUUUAUCGGGGGAUACAUUUUCCUUUCAAUGCGCUCGAAAGACGCGAAUCAAACUCUCGACGAAGAAUUAUUCCACAAAUUGACUGGUGGUUGGACGUAAAAUUAUAUAAAAUAUGAUAAAAUUUAUUUAUUAACAGGUAACACCGCCUGCACAGAUUAAAAGAACGUUCAGCCUUUUAAACGUGCCUUUGAAAGUUUGACAUCCACGUUUAGUAUUUUUGAAAUGUUUUACCACUAUUUAAGUAUUUUUUAUAAAUUAACAGCACAAAUACAUAUUUAAAGUUAAAUAACAAGUCUUUAAACCUGAAUGAAGGUUGUCCUGAGAUGUUUAUUAGGGAAGGUAUUUUUCUAUCGAUUUAAUAAAUAAAAUUGUUUUAUCUUUCAAUAACUUAAUCUAAAUAGUAGUGCUUCCAUUUCUAUAAUGUACGAUUGCCAAAUAUAUUUUGACGCAGAUCUAAUAUAAAGCUUACAUUGUCGACAUCACUAUAAUUUACUGUAUUGUUUAAUGUCAAUUAAAUUAAUUUUAAGGAUAUGCAUUGAAAAUGAGCUUUUAUAUUUUAGACGAUAAAUAUUAUUUAAGCUAAACUGCCACUUUUGAUAGACACAUAGGACCAAUAGUGCCAUCAAACAGAUCAUAUAAAUCUUCAAAGUUCAAUACUACAAUAUGGUGCUUUAUGAUAAAUAUAUAGAGUAUAAAAAGUGGCCUUAAUUUUCAUAAGAGAUUAAUACUUGCUUCGCUAAUUAAGUUUUAUUCACUGUAAAUAACAUUGAAAAUAGGUUAACUCGAGUGUCACGUAUUAAUUGUCAACCAUCGCUUCAAAAUAUAUACCUAUGAAAUGAAAAGAUUUAUUUUAUUGAUUGUUGACGACUAGUCUCAUUGAAAACGCAUGAAAUGCUAUCAAAUAGAGAUAAAGCAUAUUGAAUGAAUAUUAACAAUAUUAAAUGUUUUACUUGAUGUACAAAUGUAUGUACAAGAUUAAUAAACGAAUAAAAUAUGUUUGUAAAUGAAUGUCAAAAUAAAUGUAAAUUAAUAACAAAAA